CAUCCGUGUCACUGAGCCCCGUCGACGCUCUCUCUCCCCCAGCCCCUCAAUCCAGCCGCCCCGUCCGGGCCCCUCUCUGUUUACUGCCUGCUCGUCGCCAAAGCUUAGUUUACAGUCAACAUUGUAGUGGAGAGCGUAACGAACGGUUAUCGAGUUUGUUGGGAGCUCACUCACCCCCAUCCAGAAAAAGAGGCGGCACACUUUAAAAAGCAACCUGCCUCGCUGGCUGAGUCUCAUUCGGAUCGCAACGGGCCACUGGUACGGAUGGAUUCAGCAGUCGUGCUCUCGUGUCAACAUUCAUGGAUGAUACUUGUUUGAGUAGACAUUAAACAGUAGCUUCAUUUAUCUCUGAUGGGAUCCGAGUGACUUGAUAAAAGACUAUCUCCGUGAGUUAGCUACAGGUGACUCUUAUUAUAUCCUUUUGGUAACACAAAGUGUGGUUUGGAGUUUGGUGCUCUCUGAAACAAGUUGCAUUGCUCUCAUCUGAGAUUGCUGAGGGCUUUCCUUUACGGAUAUUCGUCUUCUAACUACUUGGAUACCAUGAGUGGACUCUACAGGCAUCUCAUCAUGUUCUCCAGUAUGCCGAGCAACCAGGCCUCUUUAUCAGUCAAAACCAUGCUCAUCUUAUGUACACUCCUAUGCCUCAUGGCGUCCCGGUCACUCCUAGCAGCUGCAGCAACGACUGGUAGGAGACUACCCCAGACCAACCCCCUGACGGUCCUACUAGAGGCAACCGACGAGGAGUCCGCAGCAUCAUCCCAGCGUGGCGCCAGCAACGAGAGGGUGAACGCGGGGCGCCUCCCUCCCGAUGAGGUCCUCACUCCGGAGACCGGCGACCCGUACGAGGUGACCACCAAGGAGUACCUCAAAGGGGACUGGUGCAAGACCUUCUCCCUCAAGCAGAAGGUCGAGGCACCCGGCUGCAUCGGGAGGACCAUUACCAACCGUUUCUGCUACGGACAGUGCAACUCUUUCUAUAUACCGUGGUCAGACUACGACGACGCUUUCAGGUCCUGCUCUUUUUGCAAACCGUUCAGAACGACCGUUUUCACGGUGACUUUAAGGUGUCCGGGACAGACUCCGAACAUUCAGAGGAAAAAGGUCGAGAAGGUCAAGCAGUGCCGAUGUGUGGCUGUAGACGUUUCGUAGUGAGCCACGUGAUUAAGUGUCCAUUAUAUAUAAUGUAACCGGACAGCUGACUGGUAGAGACACAAACUAUGGACGAACUCUAUGAUACACGGGCUCUGACUGGAUGUCCCGUUUCUGCUCUACGUGUUAUGAUUGGUUGGAAGUUGUAUGACGUAGAUUACGUGAACUGUUAUUGGUCCUUUAGCGCAGUCUGUUGGUGGGUUGUGGUUUAGAAGUUGUAUUUCGAAAAGUAGAAACUCUCGCAGUGUAGAUGGUUUUGUGAAGAAAAGGUACAGCAUUGGUAAUAACCGCUUGUCAGGUUAAAUAACUUCAUGCAAAAUGUAAAGAUGCAGUCACAAAUUUAAAUAGAUCAUUGACGCUUUGUGGGUUUUUUUUCUAACUAGCGAAAGCACUGCCGAUUUGUCUUGUCAUGUUUCUAAAAGUGACAUUUCCCUUGUUUCGUGUAUAGAAGAUAAAUAAAACAGACAUCGCGAUAAAAAAGGGUUGCCUGGGUAUGAAAUGUUAACAUCAGUAGAAGCCACCUUUGUUGUACCUUGUCUUCAGUCUAAAAACGAAACAACUCCCUGGGUCAGUUUGACUCAGUUCCGGGUCAUUUUGACACGGAAGUUGGCGGUAGGAUGUAAAUCUUAACUAAACCUUAGCGCAGUGUAGUCAUUUGUAUAUUGCACCAAGACUGUCGACUAAAACGGUGUCAAUUCCCAUUAGGGGUUUGUUAUUAAACAAAAAGUUCAAACAUACAUAUAGUAGACCACAAUAAAAGAACCACGUCCCGUCCACGGUGGUAUUAUAAUCACUGCGCUUAAUGGAUGAAACCUUUUUAAAAGAAGUUGUAAAAUAUUAUUUAUUGUCUUUUUUCUUUUAUUAUUUGUAAAAAAAAAAAAUUCUCGUUUGCAUAUCGUAAAUAUAAUUAUUGAUAUACCUAAAUAUAUUUAUAUUUCCAUGUUAUAUGUAUAAAACGAUACUGCAUUUGUUUAAGUUUGCGGUUAAUAUAAUGUGUGUGUGUGUACAAACAUAUAUUAACAAAAUACCAGUUAUCAGGGAAGGAUCCAUGUAUGAUACAACAAUAAGGGAAGGGUUGACCCAACCCCACGAAAUCCAAUUAAUGUUACACAUCGUUGAUAUAUUAAAUCAAGGGGGAGGGGCACAAAUAGA